AUGACCCUCGCGUCGUCCCCAAUGGCACCUACGCACUGCCCAAUGGCCAUCACGCCCAGCAGCAGCAGCAGCAGCCGAGUCACCAGCAUCCCCAUCCCCAGCAUCAGCAGCAGCACCCGCCGCAAACACACCAGCAACCAACCCGUCAAAGUCGUCGGCGUCCCCUCGGUCCACAUUGAGAACGACCGCCUUGUCGUCGGCUCCUCCCAAUCAAGCUCUAUACGGACGUACACACCGCUCAAAGUUCUGGGAGACGGAUCCUUUGGUACGGUCUGGUUGUGUGAUUGGCAUGGGACGCUACCCCCGAAUACGCCGUUAUCCCCCAUGCAGGCUGGAGGAGCCAGACCGGAGUGGAAUGGCAAGCGCUUGGUAGCUGUGAAGAGAAUGAAGAAGCGCUGGGAGGGAGGCUGGGACGAAUGCCAGAGACUGAAGGAGUUGCAGUCCUUGCGCGCUAUACCUUUUCACCCGAACAUCAUACCCCUCUACGACUUCUUCCUCAUGCCCGACACAAAGGAGCUCUACUUCGUGUUCGAGUCCAUGGAGGGCAAUCUCUAUCAUCUCAUCAAGGCCAGGAAGGGGCGGGCACUUGCUGGCGGGCUCGUAUCCUCCAUCUUCAGGCAAAUAUGCGCCGGACUGCACCACAUCCAUGCAGCGGGAUACUUCCACCGCGACAUGAAGCCGGAGAAUGUCCUCGUGACGACGACAGGACUCUUCGACUACAACACGCUCUCACCCGUAGCGCCGCCGAAUGCACCCCCGGAGAAGGACGUUGUUGCCAUCAUCAAGUUGGCUGAUUUCGGUUUGGCGAGAGAAACCAACAGCAAACCCCCGUACACGGAAUACGUAUCCACUAGAUGGUACCGUGCGCCGGAGGUGCUGUUGAUGAGCAGGGAUUACUCCAAUCCGGUCGACAUGUGGGCCCUGGGGACCAUCAUGACAGAACUAGUCAACCUACGUCCGCUCUUCCCUGGCGCGGACCAGGUCGAUCAGGUGGCUAGGAUAUGCGAGAUACUCGGCGAUCCCAGCGACUCGUACGGCGUCGAUAACGCGGGGAACCUCAUCGGAGGCGGCGCGUGGCCGCGCGGCAUCAAGAUGGCGAAGGCCGUGGGCUUCAUGUUUCCUAAGAUACAACCUAGAGACAUCCGCCAGUUGUUCGACAAGUCCGUGCCCACGUCGCUCGUUGAUUGCAUCCGGGACCUCUUGAGAUACGACCCAGAUCGUCGCCUGACCAGCUACCAGUGCCUUACACACCCAUACCUCCUCGAGACAACGCCACGAAACAACAUCCCCUUCCCGCCAGGCUUGCAAGUACUGACGCCGCUUCCUGUUACCAACGGCGCUUACUCUCACCCCGCUACCCGCAUACACCCCUCCCGCAUUCCCGACGCAACGACUUCCCAUCGUUCUGCGUUCUACCCAUCUUCGACAUCGCUAUCAUCAUCGAGCAAAGCCUCCGACUAUACACAGGAUGGACGGAUGUAUCAACAGCCCUCGAACUCCUCCGAUAUCAUUCGAGAGGAAGUCCGCGGCAGGCCUGCCGCUGCUUCUUCCGUCUGGAGUGGCGAGCGCAUACACCCUCCAGGAAUCUCCGACUACAACAUGGACGUUACACCGCAGGCGGAGUACGCUCAGCCUAUGGAGAUUCUCAGCUCUCCUGUCGCGCCAGAGUUCCCUGCCCGAGGCUCUGCGGAACAGGAGAUACCGGUUCAGGACGUCUCUCAGCCCGCGAACAAGCUCGGCAAGUUCGGCUCAUUGGGAUUCGGUGGCAAGCGCUCGAAGUGGGGUCUCGGCAUGUUUGGCAGCGACAAGCACCAUCAGCAUGCGCUACCACCAGUCGAUGAAGGCAUCGCGUCGAUGUCCACACCAUCGCUCAAGCGCACGCAGUCGUCUAGCUCGGACAGCCGCUCUCUGCGCGAGCCGUCGCCCGUACGCGAGGCCUCCCUUCAUCCCGCUGAUGUCAAGAAGAUCAACAAGAAGGAGGCGGAGCGCUUGCAGAAGGAAGCUGAUCGUCAACGUCGGCUCCUGGCUGAGAAGAUGCAGAGGGAGCAGGCUCGCGCGGUCAUGCAGAAGCGAAACCAGGCGCUCCAGCAGAAGCCCGGUGCCGAUAUUGAUUGGCAGCCUGGCGCGUACGGGAAUAUAGCGGACAAGAACCGUCAGGGCGCAGGGCCGGUACGCAAGAAGACCCCCGGCGAGUCGAAGGCACCUAGCACAGUGAACGCUGCGGCAGGUCGCUUCGAGAAGGUCCAAAUUCCCGAGUGGCGGCGGGAGACGGAGAGACAUUUCAAGGCUCGCCGCCGCGAAUUCGACAUCGACGAUCAGCAUUCGAUGUCUUCAUCCGACGUCCACAGCAUCGGUUGCGUAUCUGCGAUAUCGUUUGCCUCGGUGGGCAGCGACCCGGGACCCUCGCAGCUGCGCAAUCGACCUAGCCUGUUCGAAAUCCGGCAGAUGACCCAGUCUACUGCCUCUUCUGUCCGGACGUCGGACGACUUCCCUCAAUCGGCAAGGUCAUCCCAUUCACUAUCGUUGGAAGGUCAACUUGCGAACGAUUUUCGCACGCAAGCGUCCAUGGCGACACUUCCUGGAACGGUAUCCCCUCCCCCCAUGCAGAUGCUCUCAUUGUCGCCUUCGCUAUCGCCUUCGCCGUCUCGCGCGUCUUGGGUCCAGCAACCACAGGACGGCCUGUCGCUGCGGCGAGAUCAUGCACCAUCUUUCAUAUCCCUCCCUGCAGAUUUUACACACCUCCACCCGAACGGACAAUACAGCCCUUACGAGUACCACGGGCAUAUGAACGAGGCACCCAAAUCCGCGAUCAAUCCCAUCUUCAAAGUUUCGCCUUUGCCUGACCAACGCAUGUCCGCAUCACCACAACCCCUGCCGCCAUUCUCGCAUCUAGAAGCUGUCGCCGGUGGAGAUGCGCCGCCCUCUCCAAUGUCGCUCUCAUCGCCACACGGCAACUCUUGA